AUGACCAAAAUUUUUGAUGACUUAAUAGAUUGCAAGAGGCUGCUACGAGAAGUAAGCAUCUUAAAGCAUCUCAAUCAUCCAAAUAUAGUCAAAAUGAGAGAAAUUCUGCUACCUAAAAACCUUCAAAAUUUCAAUGAGCUUUAUGUUGUUAUAGAACAUGCCCAGUCAGACCUCAAAAAACUGAUAAAAAGCCCAGUCCACUUGCAAGGACACCAUAUUCAGCUAAUCACUUAUAAUAUUAUCUGUGGACUUAAAUAUAUUCACAGUGCUAAUAUUUUGCAUAGGGAUCUAAAACCUGCAAAUAUUUUACUUACUCCCCCCCCUCCGUGAGUGAACAAAAAAAUUUUGUUCACUCACGGAGGGGAGUUAAUUUUUGUUUUUUAAAACAAUUAUAAAAAAUUUUUUUUUCGAAAUUUAAAAAAAAUCUAAUUCACAAAAAUUGGAAAGCAAAUAUUAAUUUAAUUUAUAAAAUUUAUGUUUUAAAAAGCAAUUCGUUUAAAAUUAACACAGAAUUAGCUCUAGAUUUCAUUAUACUAAUUAUCACUUAUAUAUCAAAAUUUUUUUCCAUAAAAAAUUUUUCUAUUAAACAAAUUUUUGUUCACUCACAGAGGGUGGUUUUUUGGGCAAAAAAUAGCGAUUUUUCUAAUGGUUUUGUUCACUCACGGAGGGGGGGGGGGAGUUAAUGAAGAUUGUGAAGUGAAAAUUUGUGAUUUUGGGCUAGCGAGAAGUGUGACAGAGGAGAAUAAAGAGAAUGCUGAUAUGGAGGUGGAGCAAGAAGAAGUGCAUCCUACGACACAACAUGUGAAGCAAGAAAAACCUCAAGGGAAACCGAAAUUGGUGAGAAGCAAGCCAGGACUUCAGACGAAAACUGAAUUAACUGGGCAUGUUGUUACAAGAUGGUAUAGAGCACCGGAGCUGAUUUUACUAGAAAGAGAGUAUACUAACCCCCCCCUCCCGUGAGUGAACAAAACCAUUAGAAAAAUCGCCAUUUUUUGUCCAAAAACCCACCCUCCGUGAGUGAACAAAAAUUUUUUAUGGAAAAUAUUUUGAUAUACUAAUUGACCAAGAAUAGCCCACUAUGGAGCCAUUCUUGGUCUGCCAGAAAAAAUUUUGACAAAAAGAUCCUAAUCUGCCAUUACCACUGAGUUUUGGUGUUUCCAAAAUUUUUGGGCAAGCCAAAUGCAAUAAAAAAAAAUUGUUCUUUUUGCGAUGAUGCAUUUGGCUUGUCAAAAAAAUUUGGAAACACCAAAACUCAGUGGUAAUGGCAGAUUAGGAUCUUUUCUGCCAUUACCACUGAGUUUUGAUGUUGCCAAAUUUUUUUGACAAGCCAAAUGCAUCAUCGCAAAAGAACAAUUUUUUUUAUUGCAUUUGGCUUGCCCAAAAAAAUUUGGAAACACCAAAACUCAGUGGUAAUGGCAGUUUAGGAUCUUUUGUCAAAAUUUUUUCUGGCAGACCAAGAAUGGCUCCUUAGUGGGCUAUUCUUGGUCAAUUAGUAUAUAUAAGUGAUAAUUAGUAUAAUGAAAUCUAGAGCUAAUUCUGUUUAAUUUAAACGAAUUGCUUUUUAAAACAUAAAUUUUAUAAAUUAAAUUAAUAUUUGCUUUCCAAUUUUCGCGAAUUAGGAUUUUUUUUAAAUUUCGAAAAAAAAUAUUUUUUAUAAAAUUUAAAUAUAAAUUGUUUUAAAAAAAAAAAAUUAACCCCUCCGUGAGUUAACAAAAUUUUUUUGUUCACUCACGGAGGGGGGGGAGUAAGGCAAUUGAUGUUUGGAGUCUUGGUUGUGUUAUUGCAGAACUCUGUGGGAUGCUAACUCUAUAAUAACAAAAUAGUUACAAUUUUUUUAAAUAUAUUAUUGCAAUACACAAUCCUAAACUCCCCCCCCCCCCCCUCCGUGAGCGAACAAAACCAUUAGAAAAAUCGCCAUUUUUUGACCAAAAACCCACCCUCCGUGAGUGAACAAAAAUUUUUUUAAUAGAAAAAAUUUUAAUGGAAAAAAAUUUUGAUAUAUAAGUGAUAAUUAGUAUAAUGAAAUCUAGAGCUAAUUCUGUUUAAAUUUUAAACAAAUUGCGUUUUAAAACAUAAAUUUUGCAAAUUAAAUUAAUAUUUGCUUCCCAAUUUUUGCAAAUUAGGAUUUUUUUAAAUUUCGAAAAAAAUAUUUUUUAUAAGAUUUAUAUAUAAAUAUUUUUAAAAAAAAAAAAUUAACCCCCUCCGUGAGCGAACAAAAUUUUUUUGUUCGCUCACGGAGGGGGGGGGGGGGAGUAAGGAUAAAUUCCAAAAUUAUUUAAUUUAUUCAAAAUAAACACCUUUUUGAUAUCAGCUUAAUUGUCAGUCAAUUUUUUCCAACAGAAAAAUAAAUAUUUUUUGUUUUAAUUUAAAGGGGUGCGAGUAAGGGAAAAUACUCCAACUUUUAUGGAUAGAAGCCCAUUAUUCCCAGGAAACUCAUGCUUUCCGCUAUCCCCAGACCACCACACCAAGAUGAGAAGUGCAGGUUUUCCUUCAAGCAACAGUGACCAAUUAAAUGUAAUUUUUGAAGUCAUCGGGACUCCUGAUGACUCCGACAAGCAGUUCAUUACUGAUGAUAAAGCGUUAAUUUACUUGAAUUCCUUCGGCGAAAGAGAAAGAAAAAGCCUCGCUUUAAUUUAUCCACAUUCUGACAGAGCUUUAAUCGAGUUGAUGGAAAACAUGAUCUUAUUUAACCCCAGAAAGCGAACUUCAUGCAUCGAAGCUUUGCGGCACCCUUACUUUGACUCUGUCCGAGAUGUUCAGAAAGAAAUUGACGCAGAAGUGCCUGCUGAUUUUGAAUUUGAGCAUAUUGAAAAUAUUACGGCUCAGCAAUUGAGAGAGUAUAGGAGUUUUCCCUAUAUGGCCCGAUAAGGGCCGUGAGUUCUCCGUGGAAUUCCUCUGUUGGUCAAACCAACUCAGUGCGUUGGUUAGACCAAUUCACUGGUUGGCUCAACCAGCAGAGGGAUUUCUCGGAGAAUCCACGGCCCUUAUCGGGCCAUAUAGGGAAAACUCCUAUACUUUAUCCAAGAAAUUAUGCGGUAUCAUCAAUCCUAA